GUUUGAUGUUAGCUUAUCAGUUUUGGUUUUGUUUUUGUAAAUGAUAAGAAAAGUAAUGGAAUUUCUAACAGGAAAACUGUGAAAGAUGGCUGAAAACAAGCAAUACAGAUGCGUGAAUUGUGGCAAACCCCACAGUGCUCUAUUUAAAACGUACGGACCGUCAGUUUUAAAACUAACCAAAUGUGAUAAAUGUAAAGGAAUAGUUGACAAAUACAUAGAAUAUGAUCCUGUUAUUGUUAUGAUAGACAUUGUCUUGAUCUCAAAAGAAGCACAAUGGCAUGUUUUAUAUAAUACAGAGUUUAAGUCAUACUGGAAGCUAUUCAUCAUCCUAGUUAUGGUGGAGACAUAUGGACUGUGGAGGCGAGACAGCCUGUUCAAUAUUGCUGUGGACUCCUUCUGUGGCAUGCAAAAUGGGUCUAACAAUAAUACAUUCUUCAACACAGUAGUGCCAGAGAUUUUUAAGAACAAAUGCUGGGCGUGGGAGCAACAGAGCAGGAGCAGCAACAAUGAUCUGUUCAUCAUGGAGAAGGAUUUCUAUGUGCAGUUCAUAUCCACAUUCAGUGGAAUAGUGAUGUUCAUUCUGACAUUUCACGGGCUGAUGAAGUUGACAAAACCGGCGUCAUCUCGUUAUGAUGUAUCACUUCUCCGAGUAAUAAAGGGGUUUUCCCUCGCCAACAUGAGUGUACUGUUCACACUGCCGAUGCUGGUGUGGGGCAACGCUGACACCUCGCAGGAGACCAAGACGAUUCACUACCUACUCGUGUUCGGAUACAGCUUCAUGGUGUUCUUCAAUGUUUUCACAGUGGUGUACGGGCGCGGCGGCGCGCGCGCGCUGGCGGCGAGCGCGGCGCUGCGCUUCCUCGCCAGCUUCCACGUCACGCCCGCGCUGCGGACCUACAUCCUCUAACACACACACACACACACGCGCACGCGCUGAUGUCACUCGUCAUCAACCACUGAAAUGGAGAGGCUCGAUAAAACAAAAGCGAAGCGUGCGUCUUCAAUCCUGCAUAGACCGAGUCGACCGCGCGGAGUGUUGAACCUGAGGCGGAAACAAUGUUCACCGGAAAAUUUGUUUUUAUAUCUUAUAUAGGUUCUUAAGUUUAUAAAUGUUAUAAACGUGAUCUUCUCCAACCCAAACUGAUUAUUGCAAAACAAACCGAAUUUGCCGAUUGUUUUAAUUCAAACAACUAGAGAAACCAAAAAACAAAUUUUCGGCGAAACAUACUAUCGGUGAAGAGUGUUUCUGUAAACUGUAUCGACCGACCGCGCGAUGGAAUAAAUAGCGGGUAUCAUGUUGCGUUCUUGUUCCUUUAUUAGGGCACUAAAACCGGCUGGCCCUGGCUUCGCUCGGGUAGAACCAUAAUAAAACGCGUAUGUCAGGAAGGUUUCGGACAAGUUUUUGAGUGUAUCCAUUAAGUACAAAUAAAAAUACAAAUCUUUUAUAUUUAUAAUAUUAGUAUAGAUAGUGUUACGGAUUACCCAAUACCCUUUUUACAAUUUGCUCAAUGGCAGUCGACAGUUGAAGGAAGCGGUGGUGGUGUAAUGGUUAAGACGCCCGCCUGUGAAUCAAAAGGUCCCAGGUUCGAAUCCUAUUCGUGCCAUAUGAGUUUGUAUACAAAUCUGACUCAUAUAUAGUAGCUUUCAUCGACCACCACUUGCUUCCGGUGAAGGAAAACAUCGUGAGGAAACCUGCACACUGGUUGAUUAAUUAACUUGUGUGUGAAAUGGAGAAGGCAAUGGCAAACCACUCCAUUAAUAAUGCCAAGAAAGUUGUUGUGUGUGUUUCAUUCCACGUAAUGACCACGACCCUCAGCCAUGACGAAUACGACUAUGAAGAAGAGUCGACAGUAGACCUAAUAGGUUAAUUUUUAUCGUCAAUAAAGUGAUGUACCUAUAUAAUCUUUUAUAAUUUUUAAUUACCUAUAUAAUUUUUUUUUAAUUUAAUGUUUCCUGUAAUUGUCUCAAAUAAAUAGACAAGAUUAAAUUUGUAUAAUGAAAGGCAGUGAAAACAAUUUAUUGAUCAAAGAUAUUUUGUGUAAAUUUAUUAGUUAUAUCCUUCGAUUUCGUUAAUUAAUAUUUUUUCAAAUAAAAACAAUUUGUGACAAUGACAAUUAUGCAAGUUGGUAUUUAUAAGUAUUUAAUGUUUUUAUAUAAUUUUGUAUAAAAUAUAUGUACCUACGUAUAGUAUCUCUUAUGUCAUGUUUUUUUAUUAUUAUAUAUUCUAUCAUUGAUUGUGUUUGUGCGCGAUAUACAUGAGCGAGUCCAACGUUUAAACGCGACAGUCUACUUAAUUUGAUUUUACUUUCACACUCGUCAGUACAAAAAAUAUUUACCUGUUAUUUGAUUUCGUUUCUCAUGUAUACUCGUAGACCAAACGUUGUUUAUGAUGGCGGCUGUAUUUGGUGGAUUCGACAUACGAGUACGUUGUUUUUCCUAAUGGUAAAUAAAAUCAUCAUACAAACUACGCAAUGCACGUCCAUUCGCGUCGGCAUCAAUCAGAGUUUGGUGAUAGAUUUUACCGCAAAGAAAACCAGCAGUGUACGUCGAAACCGCCAAAGUUCGGCGAACUGUUUGUCGAUAGUGUAUUGCCGGCUAAGUUACAAAUAAAAUAAACAAGUUAAAUCAAAA